GCGGCUCCGAGCCGGGCUGCGCUCGCGCCUGCGCUGCCCGGAGGCGGAGGCGGCCGGGGGGCACCGGGCUUGAGGCGCCGGCGGCGAGGGGCCGCGUUCCUCCCCGCCCGCCCCGAGUCGGAGACAAAGCGGACAAAGGAGCUCCCGCGCCCCACGCUCGGCUCGGCGGUCCCCAGAGCUCCGUCAGCAGCGGCGCGGAGAGAGAGAGAUCUCGAGAGCCAGAGCGAGCGAGGAGGAUGCGGGCGGCGGAGCGACGGGCGGAUGCCGAGCGCGGCCGCGCGGCGGAGGGAGUCGGGAGCCGCCGGCAGCGGGGCCGUCCCGGAGGGCGGGUGGCCCCUUGAGCGCGACCGAGGGAGGAUGGAGCCAGAAGUGGCUCGGGCUGACACGUGCGGCCGCGGCUAGGGCCACCCCUGUCCCCUCCCUCCCUCCUCCCCUCCCCGCGAUGCUGCACUCCCGCCGGCUCUUUCAGCGCGUUCGACGCGCGGCGGCGAUGGAGCCGAGCGGGCGGCUGUGAGGCACGGCGCGCAGCAUGGCCUCGGCGGACGGCGCGGCGCAGCAGCGUUGCCCCGGGGCGGAGCGGGCGGCGGCGGCGCGGUGCCGCAGCCUGCCGGCAAUCGGCGGGGCGGCGCCCCUGGGCCGCGGGGCCGCGCUCGGCUCCCCCCUGGCGGCCGGGGGCGGCGGCGAUGCCUCGCCGAGCGCCGGCGUCCCGGCGGCUCCCGAGGACGGGUCGGGCGCCGCCGGGACUGCCGGCACCCCGCCUGUCGCCGCCGCCGCCGCCAUCGGGAGCUUCCCCCGGAGGACGGAGCCGGCGGCGGCAGGGAGAGGGGUGUCCCCUGGAGCCCCCCCGCCGCCUCCGCCGCCGCUGCUGCUGGCGGGGCCGCCGGGCAGAGCGUGCCUCCGGGCAGUGUUGGCGGACUCGCGCUUCUUCCUGGUGUGCAUGUGCUUCCUGACCUUCAUCCAGUCCCUCAUGGUCUCCGGCUACCUGAGCAGCGUCAUCACCACCAUCGAGCGGAGAUACAGCCUGAAGAGCUCGGAGUCGGGGCUGCUGGUCAGCUGCUUCGACAUCGGGAGCCUGGUGGUGGUGGUGUUCAUCAGCUACUUCGGGGGGCGCGGGCGCAGGCCGCUCUGGCUGGCCGUCGGGGGCUUCUUCAUUGCCCUGGGGGCCGCUCUCUUCUCCCUACCUCACUUCAUCUCCCCGCCGUACCAGAUCCAGGAGCUGAACUCCUCCGUCAGCAACGAGGGCUUGUGCGUGACCGGCAAUGGCACCGCCAAGGAGCAGUGGGACUCGCCGGCCUGCAUCAAGGAUUCCGGUGGGAACGAUCACUCCCUCUAUGUAGCUUUAUUCAUUUGUGCCCAAAUUCUCAUCGGCAUGGGCUCCACACCCAUCUAUACCUUGGGACCAACCUACCUGGAUGACAAUGUCAAGAAAGAGAACGCCUCGCUUUACCUAGCCAUCAUGUAUGUCAUGGGAGCACUCGGUCCUGCAGCUGGCUACUUACUGGGAGGACUUCUCAUUGGUUUCUAUGUUGAUCCUAGGACAACUGUUUAUAUUGACCAGAAUGAUCCCCGAUUCAUUGGAAACUGGUGGAGUGGAUUUCUUCUUUGUGCCAUUGCAAUGCUCCUUGUGAUAUUUCCAAUGUUUACCUUUCCAAAAAAGCUUCCUCCUCGACAUAAAAAAAAGAAAAAGAAAAAGAAAAUGAACUCUGAUGAUGUUUCAAGUGACGAUGAAGUCAUGAAAGAGAAAACAAAUAGCAAAAUACAAGCAGACAGUGCAGUUCCUGCUUCUAUGGGAUUUGGAAAGAAUGUUAAAGAGCUUCCACGGGCAGCUGUCAGGAUCUUAAGCAACAUGACAUUCCUUUUUGUGAGUUUGUCAUACACAGCUGAGAGUGCCAUUGUUACAGCUUUUAUUACCUUCAUUCCCAAGUUCAUCGAGUCACAGUUUGGCAUCCCAGCAUCCAAUGCCAGCAUCUACACUGGUGUAAUAAUUGUUCCAAGCGCUGGUGUUGGUAUUGUCCUAGGUGGCUACAUUAUCAAAAAACUGAAACUUGGUGCGAGAGAGUCUGCAAAGCUGGCCAUGAUCUGCAGUGGUGUGUCUUUGCUGUGUUUUUCAACUCUCUUCAUUGUUGGAUGUGAAAGCAUUAAUCUAGGGGGAAUAAACAUACCUUAUACGACUGGUCCCACUCUUGCCAUGGCCCACAGGAAUCUCACUGGGAGCUGUAAUGUGAACUGUGGAUGUAAAAUUCAUGAGUAUGAGCCUGUCUGUGGAUCAGAUGGAAUAACGUAUUUUAAUCCUUGCCUGGCUGGCUGCAUCAAUGGUGGAAACCAUAGUACAGGGGUAAGAAAUUACACAGAGUGCGCCUGUGUCCAAAGCCGCCAGGUUAUCACCCCGCCGACAGUGGGCCAGCGCAGCCAGCUCCGGCUGGUCAUUGUCAAAACCUACCUGAAUGAGAACGGCUAUGCUGUUUCUGGGAAGUGCGAUCGAACCUGCAACACACUUAUCCCAUUCCUGAUAUUUCUCUUCAUAGUGACCCUUAUUACAGCGUGCGCCCAGCCAUCAGCAAUCAUAGUGACACUCAGGUCUGUGGAAGAUGGGGAACGGCCCUUUGCACUAGGAAUGCAGUUUGUUCUGUUACGAACUCUUGCUUACAUUCCCACUCCAAUUUAUUUUGGGGCUGUUAUUGAUACCACAUGCAUGCUUUGGCAACAGGAUUGUGGCGUACAAGGAUCUUGUUGGGAAUACGAUGUCACCUCAUUUCGUUUUGUCUACUUUGGGUUGGCUGCUGCUCUCAAGUUUGUAGGAUUCUUUUUUAUUUUUCUGGCCUGGUACUCCAUUAAGUGUAAAGAAGAGCAACUACAGAGACAAAGAUGGAGGGCUUCGCCGGUGAACACUGUGAGUGAGAUGGUUGGCCAAGCUGGACUCCAACAAAACUAUGCACGGACUAGAUCCUGCCCUACCUUCAGUUCUCGAGGAGACAUUGGUAUGGCACAAGGAAUGAACUGCAUAGCACAGACAUACCCUGGCCCCUUUUCAGAAGCAAUAAAUUCCUCAAAUGAAAAUGCAUUGGAAGAAGUCACUGCUGAGAUAUAGACCCCUGGCUUGGUAAUGUAAUGUUUAAUUUUGUUGGUUGACUUAAUUAUGGCGCCUUGUAAAACACCUGUGCCUUCUAUUUUUAAUCUAAAUGUAACACAUGGUAAAACCAACAAAGCUUAAUGCAUACAACCAUAGUAUGUUCCUGAGGGCUGGAUACCUCAAAUCAACCCAAGUUCUUAAUUCUCCCUUCCUGACAAUGGAGUUUUAAAAAUUGCGUUUGUAAUUAUUUCAGCUGUGUCCAUUAAAUGUCCAUGCCCUAUCUAAUAUCAGUGUAAGGAUGGAGAACAACAGAAGUCAGUGGAAGAGUGACAAAAACUCAUAUUGUUAAUGUCUAGAUGUCACAAAAAUGCUUAAAUGUAUCAUCUUUCACAUCUGCAAGUAGUAUUUUUAAGAGAUGAGUAAUUACUGUGAGUUCUGCUACAAAGCACAACUAAACUUGUUUAAACUAUGCAACUUACUCAGAUAAUUGUGUGUGCAGCAAAUUAUGUAUAAAGUUUGCUUUUAAAGACAUUACUGCAAGUCAAUUUGAAAGGGGCUAUUUUCAGAUAUACAUGUUAAAAUAAAAAAGGACAUAACAUUUAAAGUACUGUUAAUAACAUGUUAAGCCAUACAAAAUUUAUGCAUCAGGUAAUGUUUUGCAAAUGUGGAGACAUAAUAUCUUUGUUCUGUCAAAAUGUGCAUUAAUUUUCAUUUGAUAGGAAGCAGUCAUUCUUCACAAAGUACAAAGGCUAGGAGGGUAUAAUGCUUAGAGUAAAAAAAGCACUUAAGUAUUAAUCUGUGAUAACAUUAAGGUGUAGGAACCAUGUACACAUACCAUGUCAGAUGUAUAUCUGUUAUGAUACAGGUCACCUGGGUGGCCCUUAUUAUUACCAGAUCCAUUUUUUUUUCCUGAAAAAGAAAAUAACCAGCUAUGGCUUACAGGAAAUUCUUGGCUGGGCUUCAGGAGUGCAUGCCAGACGAGUUCAGCUUCGGUGAGGGAACCUCUGGGUAGAGCUAAUGGUCUCGUUUUAUUUCUUACUGGCUGUUUGGAGCGAAGGUGGCACAUCUCUCCACAAGACCUAGCAGAGAAGCCUUCAAGUGGACUGUGAGCACGUGGGCUGCCCCCAUGCCCAGCGUGAGGCCUUCUUCCCAACUGCUGGCACCUCUACGGUGCUUCUCCCUGGUGCUCCUGCCCUGGUUCUGCCUCUCCUGUUGCCUUCUUUGGAGCAGGCUGCUGGAACCACGCUGGAAGCUGUAGGUGUAUGGAUUGUCCUGCAUGUGACCAGCCUUCCUCAGCUUCGUUUAAAGCUUUCUGUGAGGACAAAGGGUGAGUUGGCUCUCCUCCACCCAUUCAGGGAAGAGCUAAGAAUAUAAAUUGUCUGGGAGCAGGGACCCAUGAGAUGUGGCCUUUGCUUAUUCCAAACUAUUACGGUGUAUUUUCUCCCCCUCUCUUAGCAUUUCAUAUAUUGCUCUGGAGACUUUGUAGUGCCCUUCUUACAAUGUACUAAUGAUGUCUCAAAGGGCAGGGAACAAUUUCAGUGGACACCAGGAAAUCAAAGCUGUAUUUUGCUCUGCAGGGAAAGUCUUACUAGUUUAGGAAAUUAGAAGCAUUACAAGAACUCGAUGGGUAGACUUGGAUUUUGCUAUGUGUUUAGCCUGCAUGAAAUCAAACAAGAGAAAGCAGAACUUUGGGAAUGUAAGAAGGAUUUUCUUUCUAGUUUAAUUUUUAAUUUACAGUUUGUAAGAUGAUUAAUCAUAUAUGGAACUAAGUCCUCUUCCCCUUGAAAUAAAAGGGAAUACUCUCUUUGGCAUCAGGAUUUGCUUCUCCUUUGCUGAUUGCCUUCCAUUAUCUCUUGUCUCUCCUUGACCAGCAUGUGGCUUUACCCACUGGCUUGGUUCCCCUGCUAGAAAUGUUGACUGCUUAUUUCAGAAUGUCUCAGUCCAUUUAUGUGACUUGUUAUUAAUUCCAUUCUCUGUGGCUGCAAAAUACAGCAUAGAGGAAUAUCAUUAUAAUCACCUUCUGCUUUUCUGUACAUAGUAGUAUCUUUUUGGAUUCAAGCCUCAGAAUUUUUUUGUCUUGUGCAGCUACUGGGAACGAUAUAUCUGCAUUCAGUUUGUGCCACCUGGGAUUUUAGCUUCUGUACUUCUCAUCCCAAGGAAUACAUUUCCUUGUCUCAGAGGUACUGGGUACAAUUUAUUUUUUUACAUAGGAGAUCAGAAUAGAUGAUAGAAAUGUCUCCUCCUCCUACAGUCUUGAGUGCUUCUUGCAUCAAGAAAUUCAUGUCAUGACAAAAUUUGAGGCAAAGUAGUAGGAUGAAGUGUAAUUGCACCCAUCCACUUUAAUCACUCACCCAUUUUAAUCCGCAUGGGAUGAGGUGAAAAGAGACAAUCUUCAAAUACCUCAGAAACAGAGCGUUUAGGGAAUCAUAAAUGAUAUGAUAAAGAGGCUGGAGAUGAAUCAUCUGUCCUGAUCUACUCUAUUUCAUGCCUUGUGUGCACGUCUUUUCCAUACAAAUAUGGAAUGAGAGCAGCUUAGGCUUGUAGGAUUGUCAGCAGCUAACACUGAUCACAAAGAAUGAGAGUGAUGUAAGUGACACAUCUGCAACUGCUGCAGCUUCUGAGCUGAGUGCAAGGGAAUUCAGAGCUUGUCAGAAUUGAGGAUUUCUGUUCUUUAGGAAAUCCUGACACCUCAGCUUCUAAAAGCAUUUUAUUUUUAAUGUCUGAGAAACUGGAACAUAGAAGGGAAGAUAUUCAUUUCAGAAAUACUGAAAAAGCUGUGUUGGUUUAUCUCCUUGUAGCUUUUUAAUUUUCAUUUCAAAAUUAUAUACUUCACACAAGCAACCUAAAUAUCCAAUAGUGUUUUUUUAAUCUAGGUAAUUUUGUCAAUGUAUUUCUACCAAAUCAUUUAAUUAAAUCAACAUCCUCCGAGGGAAAGAAGACACAGCCUCUGGCGAACUUUUGAUUUAUUCCUGAAGAAGACUUUGUUAUGAUUAAGCUGUAACAGUCUAAACUAAGCCAAUAAAGGCACCCAGGGUAAAAACAGUAACUCACCAGAGAAGUCAAUUCCAGCCUUGUCAACAGUGACAGAAAUAUGGACUGAAAUCUGCUGAGCAAACACUAUUUUCUGAGGCUACUAUUGCAGAAGGAAGCCGAGUUGCCAGAGAAGGUGUAUGCAGUGAUCCUAGUCACCAUCAGUGUGUGGUGCUAAACUGUUUCACAGAGGAAGAGCUUUACCUAUUAUCCAGCGAGGGUGAUCAUGCUGUUUUCCUGUCAUGAAACCAUCUGACCAUAAGAUGUGAAAUUCCAAAGUCAUCUCGGGUUUAGCUGUUGUAAGUUCUGCCAUCCUCCACUCUCCCUGCAAACACGGUAGUUUGGUUAGCGGCAAACACAAAAGCACGUAAAGCAGGAGUCCUGCCCUCCUGCUCAUUCCACACAGUGCUACUGGUAGAAUAUCGAAGUCUUCUACCUACAGCUAGCCAGCCGGGGAGAGUAGGGAGCAAUGACACCUGGAGUUUAUCUGCAAGUCUCCAGAGAGCCAUGAUAUCAUAAGGAAAGUCCAGUGUCCUCUUGCACAAGUUAUGAGGGACAUGAGAGAAGUAGUUCCAGUACAGAGACAUGACUGAACAGAUCGUCGUUUCUUAUCUAAGGCUUCUCAUUUCUCUGUUUCCUCAAAAAGGGGAAGACUUUAGGAAAAGAGUAUCGAUAGCCUCAGGCAUAUAAGCAUGGCUUAUGAAGCACUUCAUUCAUAUUGAGUGGUUCAUAUAGAUUCCAGUGGAUGUAGUCAUGGCUAGAAUAACUGGAGAGUGAUGCUCCGUAUUUCCAAUACUAGGCAAAGCCCUGCAUUCCUUUAGUCCUCUUCCCAUAAGCAUACUGAACGUAAUAUGGUAUAAUUUGGAACUGGUGACAUUUUAUAUAUUUUCAGUACAGUAUAAGCAACUACAAAAAAUAAGUUAAAUAUUCUGAUGCAAUUUAAUUGAAAGCUUUUGAUUGUCUAGUCACUGUAUCUUAAAAAAUGCAUGUAAUAAUUUGCUGUUUGUCAAAACAUGCAGCUAAGUGAAUUAGGGUACAAAUCUCCUUGCAGGAGUUAGAAAUGUAAGUUUGAAAGCCCUUAAAUUAAUCAGAAACACUUGAGUGCAGUGUUUUCAAAAAUAUGUUUGCUUUUUAAAAAAAUAUAGCUCAUAAAUUCAUAACAUAACCAUUCAUUAUGGCUCUGAUCCAGCAGAACACUUAAAUACAUGUCUAAAUUUAUAUACUUAAGUGAUGCACUUAAAAAUAAUGUGUGUAUAUAGGCACUGGACUGAAUCCCAUGUGCAUUCAGAAAGAAGUUCCUUUACCCAAGGAGUAAUUUCCAUGCUGAGAUGUUUUUUACCCAUGGAUUCAAUGAUAAUCACCAGAAGAGCACAGAAUGGCAGUCAAGUACUUCCCCAUGGCAUUCACAUGUGGCUACUUCUAUAUCUGGCAAUGGAGGAAUGCUUUUUUUUU